UUGUGUGGAAGAAGUAACAAUACCGAUGCGACUGCCAAAUGGCCCAGUUGCUUCCAUGUGGUUUUGACUUUACGAUGUACUGUCGAGCGCGCGUUCACGAUUUUUGAAUUCAAUGUGUGAUGCUUAGACCAAUGUCCGGAAAAUAUUAUUCGUUCGAAUCGAAGUGAUUAGUGCGGCAUAGUUGUAUUGUGAUUUGUAAUUAUUCGAUUUAAAACGAAAAUGAACGUUAAAAGAUGAAGUUGUUAAUGUUGAUUUUGUUCAUCGCUCAAACUGUAUACCAAAUCAGAGUUGCAGGUAGUGUAAUAAAAAAAAAAGUCGAUGAACAAUUGAAAACGUAUUUUGAAAAUGCGCCGCAAAAUGUGUUCGCGUCCUCAGGCCAAAACGUCUUAUUGCCGUGCCGGGUGAGGCAUUUAAACGAUAAAGUGGUUUUGUCAUGGAUUAGAAUGCGUGACUUACAUAUACUUACUUCUGGACCACAUUUGUUUACUAAUGAUGGUCGGUUUGGGAUUCAACAUCCUCUGAGAGAUUCGGCUAUUUGGAAUUUGCAGAUCAAAGAUGUAUCUCCUAAAGACAUGGGUUCUUAUGAAUGCCAAGUAAACACUGAGCCAAAAAUUAAGUUCUUGGUGAAUCUCACUGUUUUUGAGUCUGACGUGAUGAUCGGUGAUAUGGGAGAAGCCAGUUUUAACGACGGCGAACAACAGUCAGAUACUGUCGACCAGCAACAGAAGACCUCCAAUUACGAGCCUCUGGAGAGGCGAAUGACGCCAGGUGGAUCGAUAACGUUUACCUGUAGGAUCGGUCUCAUCGACCAGGGCCGGCAGAGCAUUCUAUGGUAUCACGACGACAAGCUCAUUUCAAUAUUGGACCGUAGAGGCAGUUUGAGUGUGGAGACGGACAGAUCAUCGAAUUUUUUUGCCAGUCGACUAACACUUGCUAGUGUUACUAGAUCUGACUCUGGAAAGUAUACUUGCAAGUCUGGCAAUACGAAUUCUACUACAUUUACACUACAUGUUAUAUCACCAGCGAACGGAUUAGCUUUGCAAGAUGGUUUGACAUCAAAAUGUUCACGUAAUUACCAACACAAUUAUGUUAUGUCAAUGAUCAUAUUUAAUUUCAUUGCAUGCUCAAUAUUUGUAUUCAAAUUGCCUCAAUGAUUAACAUAAUAUUUGUAUUAUACAUUUUACACGUUUUUGUAAUUAUUUUUACAUUAGUUUUCAAUAAGUACCAUUAUUUUAAUACGAUUUUUAUUUUAUAUUUUUUGGCAUUAUACGCAAAGAAAUAACAAUAUCAAGAAAUAAUGUACAUGUGUACCUAUCAAAUAAAUGUACGUUGUGUAAUAA